AAUUACUGUAUAGUGUAACAAUUUAUUACUGACAUUGUUUUCUUUUUACAAUGCUGUAUUCAGAGAGAGAAGACUUACAGUAUGUGUGAUGUAUUUGGACAGAAAAACCUGAUCUGUCUGAGAGAUCAAUUGAUUGGUAGGUCACAUUGUGUGACUGGUAUUCCAACUCCAAACCCCAAACGACUCACUAAGAUUAUGAAAAUUAAGGCUUUAAUGUUUUAUCUUCAGUCGCCCAUUACACCACCAAAGGAAUGUGGUCAGCUACUGGAAGGCAAACCCAACAGAAUUAAAGACUGAGUGACGUUUGAUUAAACAUUCAGAGGAGCUAUUGAGUCACACGAGCACCGAGAAGACGUCCGUAGAGGUGAAAGAGAAGAGGAGACGUGGGAGGCGUUCAUCUUGAAUGUGUCAGAACAGACACUGAGGAGUUCAGUCAACAACAACGGGACUCUCCUUCCUUCUUCUCAUUUCCACGUGUGAGUGAGGUGAAUAAUGGGCCGGGGCUCCCCAGUUGAGAAGGGGGGGUCUUAGAAGAGAAGAGCCGACAGUUGGGGGGUCAGAGAAGAGUUUUACACGGAGUAUGGCCUCGGUCAAACAGGAAGGCACGAACCAACGACUGGCACACAUUAAAGAAGAGGACUGUGAGUCGGGUGCGCCAGAGGGUGUGUGCGUGAAGGUGGAGGACUGCGAAGAAAGCAUUUCAGUUUUUAAAGAGGAGGAGUGCAAGGAGGAGUCUGCUGAGGUUAAAGUCGAGGACCUGAAAGAUUUCUCAUUUGGCCUUGCACUGCAAAAACGUGAAGCUGGCCCCAUUUUCAAGCGAGAUGUGUGUGAAGAAUCUGUUAACAAUUUGCAGCCCUGGGUCACUAAUACUGGACAACUGGCUACCGUGGAGAUUUCUGUGCAAGUAAAAUCUGAGUUAUCGGAACGUGAGGAGAAAAUUACUGAAGGAGACGGAAGAAAAGCAGAAGAGCAGCUGGGAAAAAAUUUACAGGAGAAAGAAAGCAUCUCUGCAUCUUCAUUUGCUCAGACCUCUCUUCUGGACUGUGAGAAGAUGAAGAAACCAACCAGUGGAUCAGAAUACUUGACCCCAGCCUCUUCCCAGUGUAGUUCACUUCAUGCUACUACAGUAGCACAGACGGAGGACAUAAAACUUGUCAACAAGAAGGGAGCCUCCUUCCCAGGUCACAUGGCCACGGAGUUGGGGGUCUAAUGUCCUCCAGUUUAGGUCCGUCCAUGUGAGAAGGGAAUCUCGGAGUAGAAGAGUAAAUGCUUUUGGGGGAAGAGAAGAGUUUUCCACGGAGCAGAGGAUGACAUGGAGGCAUGCGUUAAAGAAGAGGACUGUGAGUGGGGUGCACUCGAGCCACUGUGUGUGAAGCUGGAGGACUGUGAGGGAUGUAUUUGCCUUGUUAAAGAGGAGUCUGAAUGGGGGGCCAAUGAGGUUAAAGAUGAGGAUUCUAAGGAGUUCCCAGUUACCCUUGAACUGCCUAACCAUGAAACUGGCAAUGCCUUCAAGCAAGACCGUUAUGUAGGAGCUCACUCCAGUUUACAAAAUGUGGGGCAACAGGCAACACAGCAAGCGAAAUCUGAGAUAUGUGGACUGGAAGAGAAAGACAGUGAAGGAGAAGAGCAGCAGCCAUCUGGGAGCGCUGGAAUGAAUUUCCAGGAGAAUGGCUUCUUCUCCUCAUCCUCCUUUUCUCAGCCAUCUCUUCAGAGCGGACCGCAGCACAACCCGAACACCGAGAAGGUGAUGAAGUGCCCAAGAAGAUCAGGGAAUGUGACCCCAACCUCUGUCCUGUUUAGCUCUUUUCCUGCUGACAAACCAUCAGAGACUGGUCAUCAAGAAGGGGUAACUGCAGAAGAGGCUCUGUACACCUGCCAAGAGUGUGGGAAGACUUUUAAGAAGAAAUCCGACUGUGAACGUCAUAAGUUGAUUCAUAGGAGUCAGAGGCCGGUUUCCUGUUCUGAACGUGGCAAACUCCCGAGUCUUCAAAAGCACAGAAGAAUCGACGCUGGUGAGAAAAGUUAUUGCUGUUCUGAGUGUGGCAAACGAUUCUCCAAUAAUACCAAUCUUUGGGAGCACAUACGGAUUCACACGGGAGAGAAACCGUACUCCUGUUUGGAGUGUGGCAAAGGAUUUUCCCAAAGCGGCAGCCUCCAGAAGCAUGUGAGAAUGCACACCGGAGAGAAACCUUACUGUUGUUCAGAAUGUGGCAACAGAUUCUCCCAAAGCAGCAGUCUGCUGGAACACUUAAAAAUUCAUACUGGAGAGAAGCCGCAUUGUUGUCCCGAAUGUGGGAAAAGCUUCUCCAAAACAAGCCACCUUCAACGCCACAUCCGGAUUCAUACCGGCGAGAAACCUUACUGUUGUACCGAGUGUGGCCGGCAGUUCUCACAAGCCAGCCAACUUCAGAGCCACCUUGCAAUUCACACUGGAGAGAAACCCCACUGCUGUCUGGAAUGUGGCAAGCGAUUCUCGCACAGCAGCACCCUUUGUAAACACAUGAGAAUUCAUACGGGAGAGAAGCAUCACUGCUGUUCUGAAUGUGGGAAGCGGUUCUUAGAAAUGUACAAUCUUCAGUGCCACAUCAGAAUUCACACCGGAGAGAAACCCUUUUGUUGCCCUGAGUGUGGGAAACGAUUCUCAACCAACAGCAGCCUUCGUAACCAUAAAAAUACUCACACUGGGGAGAAACCACAUAUGUGCUCUGAGUGCGGCAAGGGUUUCUCAAACAGCAGCAAUCGUAACAGACACAUGUACAGCUCACACUGGAGAGCGAAAAAGUAACAACAUACGACGAGGUGCAAAGUGUUUCAUUUAAAGGGCGUGUGUCCCUCCCACAGAUGACCUGAGCCCGUGAUCUCCAAAUCAACUCUACUCAGGGCUCCAAACAAAAGCCUUUCCGUGAUGGUGUGGUAAACGUGAAGGGGAGCCCUCAUUGGCAGGUUGCACACUGAUGGUGAGACCAUCUUUCAAACCUGUAUGUUCAUGGUGGAGUUAUUAGUAGCAGGAGCCUAUCCCAGCAUGCAUUGGGGGCAAUGUUAGAAACAAUUCCUGGAAGGGGUCUCUCCAACGGGCGGCACGGUGGCGCAGAGGGUAACGCUGCUGCCUCAUAGUUAGGAGACCUGGGUUUGCUUCCC